AUGGCUGAUCCUUUUCUAUAUGAUACUGGAGACAGAUCUCACUAUGGGUGCCUUGGACAUGAAGUACAAAUUGAGUACCUUAAGGCAUAUGUUUGUAGACCAUCUUUUUUCACGGACAAAGCUGUGAUUGUGGUUCAUGAUGUAUUUGGAUGGCGGUUCCCAGAUAUUAGAUACAUAGUCGAUUUGAUUGCAGGUCAUGGAUAUAUAGCCAUCUGCCCAGACUUUUUCAAGGGAACAGAACCCUGGAAAUCUACUGAUCACUGGGCUGACUUUGCUGACUGGAUGAAAGAUCAUGAUCCUAUGAAAGUAGACAAGGAAGCUGAUGUUGUCUUGAAGUAUCUAAAGGAACAAUGCGGUGCAAAGAAGAUUGGUAUCGUUGGGUUUUCCUGGGGUGGAAUGGCAGUACAUCACUUGAUGCUGAAAAAUCCUCAAUUAACCGCUGGGGUGUCCCUCUAUGGAAUAAUUAGAGACUCUGAAGAAAGAUACAAUUUACUAAAUCCGACAUUUUUCAUUUUUGGUGAGAAAGACCACACCAUCUCUUUGGAUCAGGUCUUCUUAUUGGAGGAGAAGUUGAAACAGUAUUGUAAAGUUUCAUAUAAAAUUAAAGUUUAUCCUGGACAAGUUCAUGGUUUUGCACAACUGAAGCCAGAAGAUAUGAAACCUGAUGAUAAACCUUAUAUUGAAGAAGCUAGAAAGGAUAUGAUUGAUUGGAUCAAAAUGUUUGUUUGACAAUAGCAGAAGGGAUUGAUAGGCUUCAAGAUCAGUGAGUGAUUUAAUUGAGAGAAGAAAACAGUCAAGGAAAAAAUAUGUUGAAAG